CUAUAUAUUCGACCAUCCGGCUGGUCUGACUAUCGUAUCAGUCAUUCUUCAUCUUGUAUAUUGCAAUGCGUGACUUUUUCUCUUUCGCUGCGCUGGCCAGCGUAGUGGCCUCUGCUUCGGCGGCGGCCAUUUCUACUUCAUCCUCUUCCACCUCUGUGUAUGUACUUCACCAUCUAUAUUGACUUGGCUAAUAUAGAUAGAUCCUGCACCGGCCCUGCAAAGAGCUCUCCAUCGUCCUACUGGCUGGCCGAUCAAGACCACAAAGGCAACGCCCGUGGAUACGCCCCCAAUACCAACGGCAACGACAACUAUCCCGUCUGGCGAAACGUGCUCGAUUACUCCGUCUCCAACGACGGAUCAGGCGAUCAGACUCAGAACCUCCAGAACGCCAUCAACGACGAUGGCAACGGAGGCAGCCGUGUCAAUCAGGGCGUCACGCGGUUCCCGGCCGAGGUCUAUCUUCCUGCUGGGACGUAUCAGCUGGGCAGCACGUUGGAACUGCGCGUGGGCACCAUCAUCGUCGGCGAUCCGAUCAAUCCGCCUACGAUUAAGGCGUCGUCGAGCUUCAAUGGGGAAUAUCUCGUCAAGGGAUUCGAUGAGAACAACGGACAGCCGGAGACGAGUUUCAUGACGCUGGUGAAGAAUGUUAUCCUCGAUACGACUGCUCUCGGUGGUGAUGCUAAGAUUGCUGCGCUGCAAUGGGGCGUUGCGCAGGGUGCUGGCCUGACCAAUAUCCAGAUCAAGAUGCCCACUUCGUCGACGGGACAUACGGGAAUCGAUAUCGACUCUGGUUCGACCAUUGCCGUGACGGAUGUGAGCAUCACCGGUGGUGCAGUGGGUAUCAAAAACUCCAACCAGCAGGUCAACUUCAAGAACAUCUCCUUCAAGGACUGCACGACGGCCUUUGAGGCUGCUGGCGGCCAUACUGCUCUGCUGCAAGGCGCCGUCUUCGACACUUGCGGCGUUGGCAUCGACAUGACCGGCAACGGACUGGGCAGUCUGGUGCUUCUCGACUCGACGUCCACCAAUUCAGGCACUGUUGUCCGGUUCCACGACUCGUCGAAUGACUCGGGCAGUCGGAACAGCCAGCUGCUGAUCCAGAACCUCGUCCACGAUACGAAGAAUGACAUUGUCGUCGACAGCAACAACAACGUCCGUCUGCCCAGCACGGACAAAGUCGACACUUGGGUCUGGGGCAAUGUCACCCCUGGCCAAUACGAGAAAGGCACCGACUUCACCACGUCUCGUCCGGAAGCCCUCCUCUCCAACGGCAAAUACUUCACCAAGGCCCAGCCCACCUACGCCGAAUACGCCAGCGACCAGAUCGUCAACGUCAAGUCUGUCUCCGGUCACACCGUCAAAGGCGAUGGCUCAACAGACGACAGUGCUUCGCUCAACGCCAUCCUCGCCGACAACGCCGCCAACUGCAAAAUCACCUACUUCCCCUACGGCGUCUACAUCGUCAAAGACACCCUCGUCAUCCCCAAGGGUUCUCGCAUCGUAGGCGAAGCCUGGGCCGUCAUCUCCGGCGCCGGCGACGCCUUCAAAGACGCCAGCAACCCCAAACCCGUCGUGCAAAUCGGCCACGCAGACGACGUCGGCGUCGCUGAAAUCCAAGACAUGCGCUUCACCGUCUCUGAAAUCCUGCCCGGGGCAACCAUCGUCGAGCUCAACAUCGCCGGCUCCAACCCCGGCGACGUCGGGCUGUGGAACACCAUCGUCACCGUCGGCGGCACAGCAGACACCAGCGUCUCAACCGACUGCACAGCCCAAGACACCAAGUCCUGCAUGGCGGCCUUCAUGGUCCUGCACCUGACCAGGUCUUCCUCCGCCUAUCUCGAAAACUUCUGGGGCUGGACAGCAGACCAUAACCUCGACGGCGGCCCUACAACCAUCAUCUCCACCGGCCGCGGCAUCCUCGUCGAAUCCACCAAGCCAACCUGGCUCACGGGCACCGGCUCCGAACACCACUGGCUAUACAACUACAACUUCCACAACGCAGCAAACGUCUACGCAGGUCUCCUCCAAACCGAAUCACCCUACAUGCAAGGCAACGGCGCGUACGAAACCGCCCCCGCCCCCUGGACCGCCGAGUCCGCGUACGGAGACCCCGACUUUUCCUGGUGCAGCGCCGACGACCAAAAGUGUCGCACGUCGCUGGCUACAAAUGUCGAUGGCGGAAAGGAUAUAUUGCUUUACAACUCCGCCGCGUGGGCGUUCUUCGACGGCGAGUGGAACGGCGAUUACAAAAACCAGUGUGACGGGAGCUGUCAGAGUAAUAUGAUGCGGGUGGCGAAUGAGCCGGAGAACCUGGUUUUGUAUUCGAUUAGCACGCGCAAGACGGAUGUGAUGGUGCUGGAUGGGAAGAGUGAUCCGAAUGAGACGAAUCAUCCGGGGGGGUGGGAGGCUAUUGUGCAGGCUUAUCGGCAGUUUGCUGCUUAACUUUCUGAUAUUUAUUAUAGAUAUAUUAGAUGUAUAUAUUAUUGAUGUAUAAUUG